UAUAAAAUAACUUUAAAAAAACUUAAAGCUGCCCGUGAUUAUAUUAUUAAGAAUUUAAAAAAAAAAUUUAUUAUAUCUAAUACAGUCCUGUUUACUUCUUUUAUUUUAAUAAUAAAAAAGCCUGGAGGAGGACUAUAUCUAUAUAUUAAUUACUAG